AUGUUUUCAUAUUUAUUCAAAUCAUCGAAAGAUAAAUCGAAAAAAGAUAAAAACAAUGCCCUCUUUUUUGAAUAUAUUGAUCAUUCAAUAACAGAAAACGAAAUUUCUGAAUUGGAUGCCUUAAAGUCGGCCCGAAAACAGUCGUUGAGUCCACAGAUCAUACAAAAUCAUAUGAAUGAUAGUAUUAUGCAAACAGUACUGUCAAUUGUGAGACAAGGGAUCUCCGAUGAAGAUAAUUGUUUUAAAUUAUGUAAACAUAUUGUCGACAAACUGAAUGAAGAGUUAGGCCAUCGAUGGCAGUGUCGUAUUGACUAUAGAAAGGGAUCCAAUUCCUACUUUGCAUAUGAACCACAAUUUUUAAUACAAUUUACAAUGGGAUUCGUGUACUUUGAAAUCUAUAAAAUUCAAUUUUUUGAUUGUCAACAAUUUAUAAAUGCAUUCAAAUGUGGAAAAAUAAGUAGCGAACUGAACAUAAUUGAGACCGAUAUGAAUGAUCAUAUGAUAACCGAUGUCAAAGAGAUCACAUUCAAUGCGAUUGAAAAAUCAAAUAAUUUGUAUGACAUUUCAUAUGAGAUUAGGACUCAAAUGGAUAAGCGAUAUGACAACCAUAAGUGGCAGUGUAUUGAUUGUGCAUAUUUCGGCUCAUUUAGUAUUUCCAAACGGGACGGAUCUUAUAUUACAUAUAAAGUGGCUGAUCUGCAAAUUACAUUGUUUCAAACAAUGUUCUAA